AUCAGUUUUUCGCCUUAAAUUAAAUUAAGAAAUUCGGUAGAGCAUAAAAGUUAAAGUGUAAUAAUUUAACAGCGAGCGCUUAUUAAAUCCGCAAGAUCUUAUAAUAAGUGCGUCAUGUGCACGUAACAAGAAAGUUCAUAAAGAGACGUACAGCUGAAAAUGUUACGUUUUUUGUGUGUAUUGCUGCUGACAACUUCGACGUUGACGGUGUUGUCGCCAGAGUCUGUUUCGGUGGGAGCUGCCGAGUCCAGUCAAAGUUAUCCAAUUACUACUCUAAUUAAUGCCAAAUGGACACAAACGCCACUAUAUUUAGAAAUAGCAGAGUACUUGGCUGAUGAGCAAGCAGGUCUCUUCUGGGACUAUGUACAGGCUGUAACGGCAUUGGACACGGCGCUCAAUGAUUACGGUUCGGAGUCGCAACAGUACAAUGCCGCUAUGCAACUGGUGCGCUCACAUGUGAGUGCCCCACAGCUGCCACUUCUUAAGCUGGUCGUCUCAAUGCAUAGUCUGACGCCGCGUAUACAGACGCACUUUCAAUUGGCUGACGAACUACGUGCUGCGGGUUCCUGUCAGGGCGGCAUCUUCGCACAGGUGGGCACCGAGCUUGCCUGUACUUAUGCGGAGCUGGAGCAAAAGCUAAAGCUGCCAGUGGCAGAAAGCAGUUUGGAUGCUGAUGUGGGCAGUUACAGCUUCGAUCAUGUGUAUCCUGGUAGUGAGAACAAUACCCGUACAGUGGUACUCUACGGAGAUUUGGGCAGUGCAGCAUUUCGACCAUAUCACAAAUUGCUGGAAAACGCUGCAAAUGCAGGAAAAGUACGUUACCUGCUACGACAUCACUUGGCCAAGCGAAGUGAUCGACCCGUACGUUUAUCCGGCUACGGAGUUGAGCUCCAUUUAAAGUCCACGGAGUACAAGAGCCAGGAUGAUGCGCCGAAGCCGGAAGCUGGCACUGGUGCUGCCACAACAGAAGAACUAUCAAAUGAAACGGAUGUACAGGGCUUCGAUUUCAAUUUGCUCAAGGCCAAGCAUCCCACGUUAAAACGUGCACUGGACCAACUACGCCAACGCUUGCUGCAGGGCAACGAUGAGAUUGCUCAACUAAAAGCUUGGGAAUUCCAAGACUUAGGCUUACAGGCGGCCGCAGCAAUAGCUGAGAUACAGGGCGAUGAGGCGCUGCAGAUACUGCAGUAUACGGCACAUAAUUUCCCCAUGCUGGCACGUACACUGCUCGCCCACAAAGUCUCCGAUGAUCUGCGCGCAGAAGUCAAACAUAAUUCCGAAUCGCUAGGACGCAGUUUGAAUGUGUCCCCGCCUGAUGGAGCUUUGUUCAUAAAUGGAUUGUUCUUUGAUGCAGAUACAAUGGAUCUGUACACCGUCGUGGAGACAUUGCGCUCGGAGAUCCGUGUGCUGGAGAGUCUGCAUGGCAACAAUGUGCAUGGUCACUUGGCUAGCGCAUUGUUAGCUCUGGACUUUAGCGCCAAUAAAAAGGAGUUUGCAAUUGAUAUCAGAGAUACGGCGGUGCAGUGGAUCAAUGAUAUUGAACAGGACGCCCAGUACAGACGCUGGCCGCCAUCGGUAAUGGAUUUGCUGCGUCCCACAUUUCCUGGCAUGUUGCGCAACAUACGUAAGAAUGUAUUUAACCUGGUUCUCGUCGUGGAUCCACUGCAGCCAGAAGCGCGCAGUGUCAUCAAAUUAGCCGAAUCCUUUGUAAUACACCAAGCACCCGUCCGUCUGGGCUUAGUAUUUGAUGCCCGAGCCAUGGGGGAUGACACUGCAGCAGAUUAUGUGGCCAUUGCUUGUGCAUUCAACUAUGUGAGCCAGCAAAAGGACGCACGUGCCGCACUCAGUUUCCUCACGGACAUCUAUGCGACUGUGGGCGAGACAGCUGUCGUCACCAAGCAGCACAUCAUCAAACAGCUAACAAAGGAGUUUGGCUCACUAAGCAAGAGCAAGGCCAAUGAGCUGCUGGGCGAGGAAUCAGAUUACGACUAUGGACGACAGCUCGCUGAAGAGUUUGUGCAACGCCUGGGCUUCGGUGCAGUCCGUCAGCCGCAGGCGCUGCUCAAUGGCGCCCCAAUGCCGAGCAACAUCAUCAGUGCCGACAGCGACUUCGAGGAGGCCUUUUUAACGGAGAUGAUGAGCCAAACAACGUUGCUGCAGAAGGCUGUUUACCGUGGUGAGCUGACAGAUGCGGAUGAGAUAAUAAACUACCUGAUGAAUCAGCCGCAUGUGAUGCCCCGUCUGAAUCAGCGCAUACUCAAUCAAGAGGAUGCCAAGUACUUGGACAUUAGUGGUGUACCCACCAAGCAGCUGGGCAAUGUUGCAGCGCUCAAUAAGCUCUCGAAUCGUGAUAUGACCGCCACGCUAAUGGCAAAUCUGAAAUACUUUGGCGGCAAGAAGAGCUCGGAGAGUAUUGGUAGCGCUUCAUUGCAGUUCCUGACGCUUUGGGUGUUUGCAGAUCUGGAGACGAAUGAAGGUCGCAAAUUGUUAGACCAUGCGCUGGACUAUGUGCGUGGUGGCGAGAGCGUGCGGUUGGCAUUCAUUCCCAACACAGAGGGCGUUAGCGAUAAACGAAGUCUCAACCGUUUGGCGUGGGCGGCUAUGCAUUCCAUGGAUCCAGUAAAGGCAACGGAUCAAGUGGUCAAAUGGCUUCGGGGAAAGAAGCAGCGCAUAGACGAUAUACCCAAGGAACUAGAAGACGUAUUGGGCAGCACGGAAUUGCAUCUGAAAAUGCUGCGCGUGUAUGCACAACGUGUGCUGGGAUUAUCCAAGUCGCAGCGUCUAGUCAUUGGCAACGGUCGACUCUAUGGACCUCUCAGCUCUGACGAGAUCUUCGAUAGCGCCGACUUUGCGUUGUUGGCGCGUUACAGCGCCUUGCAGUACGGCGACAAGGUGCGCGAUGUGCUCAAGCAAUCCGCCAGUGAGGUGGACAGCACUUUCACCAGCGACACUCUGCUCAAGCUAUAUGCUAGUCUGCUGCCCCGACAAACCAAGACGCGCUUCAAGCUACCCAGUGAUUUGAAAACAAAUCAUUCUGUGGUGAAGCUGCCAGCGAAGCAGGUAAAGCUGCCCCACUUUGAUAUCGUCGCCGUGUUGGAUCCGGCCUCGAGAGCGGCACAAAAACUUAGCCCGAUCUUAAUAUUGCUUCGGCAAACACUCAACUGUCAGUUGCAUCUGUAUCUAACUCCUGUGGCACAGCACAGCGAUAUGCCAGUCAAGAAUUUCUAUCGCUAUGUGAUCGACUCUGAGGUGCAGUUCGAAGCGAAUGGCGCACGCGCUGAAGGUCCUCAGGCUAAAUUCAGUGGGUUACCCGCCAAUCCGCUGCUAACCCAGCAGUUGCAGGUGCCCGAGAAUUGGCUGGUGGAGGCGGUACGCGCUGUCUACGAUUUGGAUAACAUUAAGCUGCGCGACAUUGGCGGACCUGUGCACAGUGAAUUUGGCUUGGAGUAUCUGCUGUUGGAGGGUCAUUGCUUUGAUGCAGCCAGUGGUGCACCGCCACGUGGCUUGCAAUUGGUGCUGGGCACUAAAUCGCAGCCCACGCUGGUGGACACCAUUGUCAUGGCCAAUUUGGGCUACUUCCAGUUGAAGGCAAAUCCUGGCGCUUGGACGUUGCGUCUGCGCGAUGGCAAAUCCACAGAUAUUUAUGCCAUUAGCCAUGCUGAGGGACCCAACACGCUGCAUCAACAACAAACGGGUGCAGUGCAGGUGCUGAUUACCUCGCUGCGCUCUCAUGUGACCAAGCUGCGUGUAUCCAAGCGGCCAGGCAUGCAGCACGCGGAGCUGCUCUCGGAUGACUCAGCGCCGGCACAGUCUGGUAUUUGGAAUAGCAUUGCCAACAGUUUUGGUGGUAGCAGCGGCACAGCAGCCACGGAUGAGGACGUGGAAACCAUUAAUAUUUUCUCCGUGGCCUCGGGACAUUUAUAUGAGCGGCUGUUACGUAUCAUGAUGGUAUCAUUGCUGAAGCAUACCAAGUCGCCGGUGAAGUUUUGGUUCCUCAAGAACUAUUUGUCGCCACAAUUUACGGACUUCCUGCCGCACAUGGCCAAGGAGUACAAUUUCCAAUAUGAGCUCGUGCAAUACAAAUGGCCACGAUGGCUGCACCAGCAGACGGAGAAACAGCGCACCAUUUGGGGCUAUAAGAUCCUCUUCCUGGACGUGCUCUUUCCACUCAAUGUGCGCAAAAUUAUCUUCGUGGAUGCGGAUGCGAUUGUGCGUACGGACAUAAAGGAGCUGUACGAUUUGGAUUUGGGUGGUGCCCCCUAUGCGUAUACUCCGUUCUGUGAUUCGCGUAAAGAAAUGGAAGGUUUCCGAUUCUGGAAGCAGGGCUAUUGGCGCAGUCAUCUGAUGGGCAGGCGCUAUCAUAUUUCAGCUUUGUAUGUCGUGGACUUGAAGCGAUUCCGCAAGAUUGCGGCUGGUGAUCGAUUGCGUGGACAGUAUCAGGCCCUUAGUCAGGAUCCGAAUAGCUUGUCAAAUCUGGACCAGGAUUUGCCCAACAACAUGAUACAUCAGGUGGCCAUUAAAUCGCUGCCAGAUGAGUGGCUGUGGUGUCAGACAUGGUGCAGUGAUAGUUCAUUCAAGAGUGCCAAGGUUAUCGAUUUGUGCAACAAUCCGCAAACCAAGGAGGCCAAACUAACAGCAGCUCAGCGCAUUGUGCCCGAGUGGAAGGAUUACGAUGCAGAGCUGAAAGCACUGCUGGCACGCAUCGAGGAUCAUGAGAAUCACAAUAUCAGUGGCAACAGGGAGAAAUUGGAUGAUGACGAGGAUGAGGAGGUGGUCAUCAUAACAGAACCGCCGCCACCCGACCAUGUGCAUGGCGAGCUGUGAUUGCAUUCAUUCAUUUGUUUAGUAAAUAUAAGCCUAAUGUCCUUUAUACUUGGUAAAUACUAAAUUAGCUAAGCUUAACUAUCUAACAGGCAACAGCAAACAACCAACAAUUAGCAUAAAAAAGAAACGAAAAGCGAAAUAUCUUCAAGUCUGAAAAGAUUUUUCAUUCCAUUCGCCAUGAUUUGAAUUCAGACGAAAUAAAUAAAAUUAUUAAAAUCACUGAA